AUGGGCCUCCUUCCAGAGAAAACACGGCUGCGGGCCCGCAUGACGCAUCUGUCGGCCUGGGAACUCGAGAAACACGAGUCGACGCUUGCUCCACCAGAUGUCUGGACCAACAAAGAUAUGGAUCCAGUGCCUCCGAAGUACCAGACCUGGACUAUCUGGACAUGGAUUGCCUAUUGGGCAUCGGACUGCAUUAACGUUGGCACUUGGGAGACGGCGGCAAGCGUCAUCAGCGUUGGCUUGACCUGGCGAGAGGUCAUUCCCAUCAUGUUCGUCUCGUGCGUCUGCACUGCCGUACCUCUGCUGGGCAAUGGAGCGCUGGGUGCCAAAUUUCACAUCCCAUUUGCUGUGGCUGUGAGAUCGGGAUACGGAUUCAAUCUAGCGUAUUUUGCCAUAUUAUCACGAGCCGUUAUGGGUACCUUCUGGUUGGGUGUCCAGUCCGUCAAUGGAUCAUAUUCUCUCACCGUCAUGCUCUGCGCCAUCUGGCCUUCGUAUAAGGACCUCCCAAACCAUCUCCCAGCGUCCGCUGGAAUCACCACUCAAGGCAUGUGCAGCUACGUGCUGUUCUGGUGCUUGCAGUUGCCAUUUCUGCUUAUUCCACCCACCCGUCUCCGAUGGAUGUUCCUAACGAAAAUGAUUGUGGCUCCUCUCACGGCAUUGGCUACUAUGGCCUGGGCCAUUCACGCUGCUGGAGGUAGUGGUACGAUCUUCACCCUUCCAGAGACCGUAUAUGGCAACGAACGCCCCUGGUUAUGGUUGAACGCAAUGACAGCGGUUACUGGAAACUGGGCAACCCUUUCUUGCAACAUGCCCGAUUUCUCACGCUAUGCUAAGUCGCGCGAGCGCCAGUAUCUUCAAAUUCCCAUUCUACCUAUCAUCUUCACCUCGUGCGGUGUGAUCAGUAUCAUCACCACGUCGGCCACCAAGGUAAUUUACGGCGAAUAUUUGUGGAAUCCGCUAGAUAUCACAAGCCGAUGGCUGGAGAACGGCGCUGGCGGCCGUGCAGCGGCAUUUUUUGCCGCACUGAGUUGGUACAUUGCGCAGGUGGGCACGAAUAUCACCGCCAAUUGCAUCUCUGCUGCCAACGACUUUACGGUCAUCUCCCCGCGCUGGAUCAACAUCCGACGCGGCUGCAUCCUUGCGGCGGUGGUUGGCGGAUGGGUAAUCGUCCCGUGGAAGAUUCUGGCGUCUGCACAGACCUUCCUUAAUGCUAUGUCUUCGUACGCUAUCAUCCUUGCGCCCAUCGCCGGCAUUCUAUUCUCAGACUACUGGAUCGUCAAGGGUCGAAAAUUCGAUGUACCUGCGCUGUAUGACCCGAAGGGGAGAUACCGUUACCCACUGGGAAUCAACUGGCGUGCGUUGAUAGCGCUGUUCACCGCGGUCGGACCAACUCUCCCCGGUCUCAUUAACAAUAUUAAUCCCGAAAUCAACAACAUCUCAGUCGGCGCGAAACAUCUCUAUGAUUUUGGCUGGCUGUUUGCGUUCUGGAUGUCUGUGUUUGUCUACGCAGGGCUUAGCAAGCUCUUCCCAGCGAAGGAGACACUUAUUCCAAGAUCGAUUUGGACAUUAGAAUCAGACUUGGACCGCUCAUCGGAACAUAUUGAUGGACUAGAGGUGGUGGACGUGGGGAAUAGUGCUGUACUUACCGGUCUGGUUGAUGUUGAGGGCGGAAAGAAACAGUUACUGUAUUAG